AGGGAUUCUGCUCCAUUCUCCAUUAAGCGCUUUCCCACCCUCCAAACCCCGCUCACCAGGUAGGACCGCGCUCCUGGGUCUGGUCUGCGCAGCUGCGAGGGCUCCAAUUUGGACAGGUGGCCAUGGACCUACUGCCCACUCGGGGCCCCGGAGGCCCUGACUUAUUGUCAGGGCUGCAUCCGGCCGUCGCAUCUCCAGCCAACCAGAGCACGGGGGCGUCGGCGGACAAUGGGACCGGGUCCGGGCCAGGUGCACAGGCCGUCACGCCGUUCCAGAGCUUGCAGUUGGUGCAUCAGCUGAAGGGACUGAUCGUGCUGCUUUACAGCGUCGUGGUGGUCGUGGGGCUGGUGGGCAACUGCCUACUGGUGUUGGUGAUCGCGCGGGUUCGCCGGCUGCACAACGUGACCAACUUUCUCAUCGGCAACCUGGCCUUGUCGGACGUGCUCAUGUGCGCCGCCUGCGUUCCUCUCACUUUGGCCUACGCCUUCGAGCCGCGUGGCUGGGUAUUCGGCGGCGGCCUGUGCCACUUGGUCUUCUUCCUGCAGCCGGUCACAGUCUACGUGUCGGUGUUCACGCUCACCACCAUCGCCGUGGACCGUUACGUGGUGCUGGUGCACCCGCUGCGGCGACGCAUCUCGCUGCGCCUCAGCGCCUACGCGGUGCUGGCCAUCUGGGCGCUGUCCGCGGUGCUGGCGCUGCCCGCCGCGAUGCACACAUACCACGUCGAGCUCAAGCUGCACGGCGUGAGCCUCUGCGAGGAGUUCUGGGCGUCCCAGGAGCGCCAGCGCCAACUCUACGCCUGGGGGCUGCUGCUCGUCACCUACUUGCUCCCUCUGCUGGUAAUCCUCCUGUCUUACGUCCGGGUUUCGGUGAAGCUCCGGAACCGUGUAGUGCCCGGCUGCGUGACCCAGAGCCAGGCUGAUUUGGACCGGGCGCGGCGCCGCCGCACUUUCUGCCUGCUGGUGGUGGUCGUGGUGGUGUUCGCCGUCUGCUGGCUGCCGCUGCACGUCUUCAACCUGCUGCGGGACCUCGACCCGCGCGCCAUUGACCCCUAUGCCUUUGGGUUGGUGCAGCUGCUCUGCCACUGGCUUGCCAUGAGCUCGGCCUGCUACAACCCCUUCAUCUACGCCUGGUUGCACGACAGCUUCCGAGAGGAGCUGCGCAAGCUGUUGCUCGCCUGGCCUCGUAAGAUCGUGCCGCAAGGUCAGAACUUGACGGUGAGCGUUGUCAUCUGA